AUCGACCUCAGGCUCUUCCUCACUGUCCAUUUCAUCGUCCUCGUCGUGAAAAGUGACGGCGCCCUCGCCGUCUCGCGCAGUCAUGCGGUUUCUCUCAUCAGCACUGAGACAAACAGCCUGGCGGUCUUUCGCCACGGCCGCGGACUCGCCCCGCAUCCCACAAACCAUCAUCGAGAAGGUCGUGCAGAAGUACGCCGUCGACCUGCCUCCGGGAAAGGUCGUGAAAGCUGGCGACUACGUGAUGAUUCGCCCGGAGCAUGUCAUGACGCACGACAACACGGGCCCGGUUAUAUCGAAGUUCAAGUCCAUCGGGGCUACUCGUAUCAAGAACCCCUCCCAGCUCGUCUUCACGCUCGACCAUGACGUCCAGAACAAGUCCGACAAGAACCUACACAAGUACGCCUCAAUAGAGGCCUUCGCGAGGACACAUAACGUCGACUUCUACCCGGCCGGACGCGGCAUCGGACACCAAGUCCUCGUCGAGGAGGGCUACGCCUUCCCGUACACGAUGACCGUGGCGAGCGACAGCCACAGUAACAUGUACGGCGGCGUCGGUUGCGUCGGGACGCCGAUCGUGCGCACGGACGCCGCCGCACUGUGGGCGACGGGCAAGACGUGGUGGCAGGUCCCGCGGAUGGUCAAGGUCGAGUUCAAGGGCCAGCUCGCCCCUGGGGUCACUGGCAAGGACGUCAUCGUUGCGCUCUGCGGAUGCUUCAACAACGACGAGGUGCUCAACGCGGCUAUCGAGUUUACGGGCGAGGGCGUCGCCGCACUCUCUGUCGACGACCGGCUCACGAUCUCGAACAUGACGACGGAGUGGGGCGCGUUGUCCGGCGUAUUCCCUGUGGACGGCACCCUACUUGAGUGGUACGAGCGCGCCCUUAGGAAGCUGGAGCUGCGGACGUUUGCUUCGCCCGCGCUCGCCGCUGCUAUCCCUGCGCCCCCGGAACACCCUCGUAUCAACCGCCGUCGCCUCGACGAGGUGUGCGCAUUGGCGCUCGCCUCUGAUCCCGACGCGACAUACGCGUCGCACCUCGUCUUCGACCUGUCCACGCUUGUCCCCUACGUGUCCGGCCCGAACAGCGUCAAGGUGUCGAACCCGCUCCCGGCCCUGGAGGAGAAGCACAUCGCGAUCAAGAAGGCAUAUCUCCUCAGCUGUACGAACGCCCGCCUGUCUGACAUAUCCGCCGCCGCCGCCGUGAUGAAGGGGCACAAAGUCGCGCCUGGUGUGGACUUCUACGUCGCUGCGGCGAGCUCAGAGGUGCAGCUGGAUGCAGAACGUCAGGGCGACUGGCAGACUCUCAUCCAGGCUGGUGCGAAGCCACUUCCCUCGGGCUGUGGACCAUGUAUAGGACUGGGUACCGGUCUCUUGGAGGACGGCGAGGUGGGCAUCAGUGCGACGAACCGGAACUACAAGGGACGAAUGGGCAGUCCGAAGGCGCAGGCGUAUCUGGCGAGCCCGGCUGUGGUCGCUGCGAGUGCUGUUAAGGGAUACAUCUGCAGUCCGGAUUCGCUGGAUACUGCUAGCCUGCCUCCUUCAGGCGCGCCCACGUUUUCGAUUGCGACGCCGACAUCUGCGCCUGCGUCCGCCACUGCUGCCGCUGCAAAGGAGUCCGUUCUCUCUGGCUUCCCAUCGACGUUCGCCGGCUCGCUGCUCUUCGCGCCCCAGGACAACCUGAACACAGACGCACUCUACCCGGGGAAGUACACCUACCAGGACGACAUCACGCUCGAACGGCAGGCCGAGGUGGUCAUGGAGAACUACGACCCGUCCUUCGCCGGCCUGGUCGCGUCGAUUCGCAAGGCGCAGCCAUCCUCGCCGUGUGAUCCUCGGUCUGGGUACAACUUCGGCACGGGCUCGUCGCGUGAGCAAGCCGCGACGGCGCUCAAGGCGGCGGGCGUGCCGCUCGUGCUGGCGGGCUCGUUCGGGGACAUCUUCAAACGGAAUGCGAUCAACAACGGGCUCGUGUGCGUGGAGUGCCCCGAACUCGUCGCGGACCUCACGCGCGAGUACGCGAAGGACGGGGAGCGCGGUACAGGCGGGAGGAAGGGCGAGUUGACGGUGAACGAGGGCUUGGACGUCGAGGUGCAUGUCGCGGAGGGCCGCGUGGAGGUGCGCUGGCCGGGCAAGGAGAAGAAGACGUACAGCGUCGGUGUCGUCGGUGCGAGCGUGCAGGAGUUGUGGAUCUGCGGCGGGUUGGAGGGGUAUGUCCUCAAGUCCAUCCAGGCCGAGGCGUGA